AUGGGGAAUGAUGGAGGCAGCAUUCCCGACAGACGCGACCUCGUAAAGAGCAAAAAGAAGGCAGAACAAGCAGACAAGGCAAAUCAGACUCGUGCUGUAUGGUUUUUCUGUGCUCUUUCAAAGCGUCCCUUGCAAGAGCCUAUCGUGUCUUGUGCUCUUGGGAAACUGUAUAACAAGGAUGCCAUAAUUGAACAUCUACUUGAUAAGACCGCCUAUGGAGAUGCGGCGAAAAUAUGCGGACAUAUACGUUCGUUGAAGGACAUCAAAGUCCUUAAACUAACACAAAUAUCUCCACCUCCUCCGCCUGAUUCAUCUGCUGAUGUCGCCAAGUUCGUGUGCCCGCUGACGUUCAAGGAAAUGAACGGCGGACAACCUUUCGUUUACAUCUUGACUUGUGGAUGCGUUUUCUCUCAAUCUGGUCUACGUACCGUCCUUGGUUCUUCGCCUUCGAACGGAAAUACUACCGCGGACGAACAACUAGAAGUCUGUCCACAGUGCGCGACCAAAUUCUCUAGGUCGUCUGACAUUUUUAUGAUAAACCCACCCUUGGAAGAGGAGGAACGUAUGUAUGCUACGAUGGAACUUCGUCGUUCACUAGAGCCUGUGAAGAAGUCAAAGAAGCGUAAGGCUGGUGCAGAUGCUGUGGCUGACGAGGUCGGUACCAAGAAGAAGAAAGCAUCCCCAGAGGGUCAUUCGCCUUCUCCGGCACCAGGUUCGAACCCGAAGAUAUCUGCAGCGUCGCGAUCUCUUGCUCAGAGUCUCGCUGUGGAAGAGGCGAAGAGGAAGGCUGGCAUGAGCGAUGCGGUCAAGUCGUUAUACCGGGACAAGAACGAUGCUCCUAGGAAGGAAACAUUUAUGACUAUGGGUACUUUUACAAGAUAUGCGUAA